AUGGCCAAGUCGGCCGUAAGAGAGGUCGUGUGCAUCCACAUAGGGCAGGCUGGAGUCCAGAUAGGAAAUGCGUGUUGGGAACUAUUCGGACUCGAGCAUGGAAUUCGGCCGGACGGAUUAUAUUAUGACGGAUACCAGCCUGAUGACAAUUCCUUUCUGACUUUUUACAACGAGACUGGUCACGGAAAAUUCGUACCGCGGAGUAUUAUUGUGGAUUUGGAACCAACUGUCAUCGAAUCAGCCCGCAAACUGCAGUACAUGCUAAGCACUCAGUUUAUCUAUUUUUCGAGCCGGAUUUUCAGUUUCACAAAAAAAAUCAGUUCAGUCUUCUCAGCGUAUUUUGUCAUCAGUUAUUUCUCUUCUCUACGCAAAGAUGAAAUCCGCACGGGAUACUACCGCCAACUGUUCCACCCAGAACAGCUGAUUUCCGGCAAGGAAGAUGCAGCCAAUAAUUACGCCCGCGGUUUCUACACUGUCGGCGAACAGAUGAUUGAGCUAACAAUGGAUCGGAUUCGUAAAGUAAUGGACACCUGCAGCAUGCCCCAAGGAUUCCUCAUUUUUCACUCUCUGGGUGGCGGUACCGGCUCGGGUUUUGCUUCACUGCUAAUCAGCCGCCUCUCAGAAGACUACCGGAAACGCACUAAGAUCGAACUGGUCGUCUACCCUGCCCCACGUCUUGCCUCUGCCGUUGUGGAGCCUUACAACAGUGUCCUCACCACCCACACUUGCAUCGAACUGUCUGAAGUGGUCUUCUUGAUGGACAAUGAAGCAGUCUGGGAGAUCUGCAGGCGUAAUCUCGAUAUUCGACGACCCUCGUUCACCAACAUUAACCGCAUCCUUGCACAGGUGAUCUCCUCCCUCACUGCCGCUCUGCGAUUUGAUGGGCAACUAAACGGCGAUCUCACUGAGUUUCAGACAAACUUAGUGCCCUAUCCGCGGAUUCACUUUCCCCUGAUAACUUUUGCCCCUAUUGUGGCAGCUGAGAAGGCCUAUCAUGAACAGAAUAGUGUGGACCAGAUCACAAAGGCUUGCUUCGAACCGGCCAACAGUUUUGUCAAGGUAGACCCGCGGAAUGGCAAGUACAUGUCUGUCUGUCUGCUCUACCGAGGAGAUGUGGAUCCUUCCAGUGUGAACAAUGCCACCUCCGCGAUCAAAUCCUCCCGCUCGAUCCAAUUUGUGGACUGGUGUCCGACUGGCUUCAAGGUAGACAUCAACAGUCAGCCGACGGCAGCCGUGCCCGGUGGGGAUUUGGCAAGGGUCAUGCGAACAUGUUGCAUGCUGGCCAACAGUACGGCCAUCGUAGAGGCCUUUGUACGCAUCGACCGCAAAUUUGAUCUGAUGUUCAAGAAACACGCCUUUGUGCAUUGGUAUGUAGGAGAGGGACUUGAAGAGGAGACCUUUGUUACCGCGAGGCAAGACCUGGCCGCCCUGGAACAAGACUACGAGGAGGUAGGUUACGACACAAAGGGUUGA